AGUAAAAAACCAAGCACCCACUAUACUACCGUAUUUAAGAGGUGUGUGUGAUAGAUUUUUUUCUCGGUAUAUCCGCAACAAACAGACUUUCUUGAAAAAUCCUUACAACUUUUAAGCAUGUGUGGUGGUGCUAUAAUUUCCGAUUGGAUACCGCCGCCUCGAUCUUCGCGCCGGUUAACUUCCGACCUGUUAUGGGAUUUCUCCGAUCUCAACAACAACAAUGAGGAGAAGAAGAAGAAGAAGAAGAAUGGUUCUUGUAAGACAUUGAGAUCUGAGGUUGUAGACUUUGCUGCUGAUUUUCAGGAUUUUAACGAUUGUUUCGAUGAUGAUUUUAAGGAUUAUUCUUUCGAUGUUAAGCCUCUUGUUUUCCAUGCUUCUCAACUCUCUCAACCCGCUCCUGGAUCCAAAUCAUUGAAUUCUGUUGAUUCAAACAAGGAAAUUGAGAAGUCUUCCAAGAGAAAGAGGAAGAAUCAGUAUCGGGGAAUCAGACAGCGUCCUUGGGGUAAGUGGGCAGCUGAAAUACGUGAUCCACAGAAGGGAGUCCGCGUCUGGCUCGGAACUUUCAGUACUGCAGAAGAAGCUGCCAGAGCUUAUGAUGUUGAAGCUCGGAGGAUCAGAGGCAAUAAAGCUAAGGUAAACUUUCCUGAUGAAGCUCCAGUUCCUGCCCCAAGGCAAGCUGCUAAGGUAAAUCCUGAGAAGGUUCUUUCUGAUGAGAGUUCCAACCCAGUUCUGUCCGACACCGCGUUAAUGAAUUUGACUGAUGGAUGUUGCAACAACCUGGGCUUUUUUGAAGAGAAAACGAAAAAACUGUAUGGCUAUAAAGUUUUGCGCACUACUACUGUAAAUAUGGGACCUAACUCAUAUGUCCCUCCACCUGCUGCUGGUGUUUACUUCAAUUCUGACCAAGGAAGUAACUCAUUUGACCCCUCCGACUUUGGUUGGGGAGAAACGUGUUCCAGGACUCCAGAAAUAUCAUCUGUUCUGUCAGCUGCUAUAGAAUGUGAUGAAACUCAAUUUGUUGAAGGUGCCGAUGUGGAGGUGAACCUAAAAUCUUGUUCCAACAAUUUGGUGCCCGAUGAUGGAAACACUGCUAACAAGCCACCUGAAGAAUUUCCAGCUUUUGAAUCCCAGAUGAAGUUCUUUCACACCCCAUAUCCGGAAGCAAAUUGGGAUGUAUCAGUUGAUGCUUUCCUUAACGCAGAUGCAUCUCAGGGUGGCGAAAAUGCUGUGGACCUUUGGUCCAUUGAUGAACUUUCUUCUUUAAUGGGAGGUGUCUACUAAGCUAAGAAUGCGCUAUGUGAAUAAGGCUUCACAUGAGUUGAGGUUUGCUUCAUCUUUCGCCUCCAAGGAACUCUUAUGUUCUGGAGGAUGAUGGCAACCAUUCAAGCAUGUUUAGGGCCCAUGAAUGGUAUGCUCAGUGGGUGUUUUGGUUAUUGACCAUUAGACCAAUUAGGUUAUUAACAACUGUAGACAACAAGCUGAAGAUUUUAAAUUUUGCAUCCACAUGUGGAUGAUAAUUGAUGAGUCCAAAUGCUUUAUAUGUCGGCUUGGUUAUUUUACUAUUGCAAGUUGCUUUCACAUGGUA